GUCCGAAAGCUCAAGGCGGAGGAUGCAUGCAUGCCAUGUCCAGUGGCGCAAGUAGUACAAAGAACGGAGGCGUCUUCAGUGGCAUGUGUGGGCAUGUGUGAGGAUUUUUUCAAGCAAGCUUGAAGACGCCUCUGAUGUCAUUGUUCAACUUCAAGUGGCUGCAGUUGUUUUUUGGGCAGCUCUGUGUGCAAUCUCCGUUGUAAGCUUUCGUUGGAAGCCCUUGAAACGCAGCGGCGAGGUAGCUGCUGACAGGCAAGUUCUAGAGUGGGCGGGACACGAGAAGGUCUGAACCACAGCAUUGUUCCAUCAUGGGUUCCAAAGGGUGCGUCCGCGUGUUGGGGCGAAGGGGAAUGAGAGUAGAAACUGAUCUUGCGUCAAUCGGUGGCCAGUCUCUGAAGUACAGAAACUGUCUCUUUAAGUAUCAACAAUUGAUCAGCGAGAGACAGUCCUUCAAAACAGUCCUCAAAGAUUUCGAAACAGUGCUCUUUCUGCAGCAAUUGAGGAGCCAGCAGUGUCGCUCACAAUACUUGGACAGGUCUCAAAGUGCCAAUUCCAGGGCACACUCUUCAAAUUCACACAGCUCUGCCAACAAAUUAAGAUCAGAUGGCGUUACUAGCAAGUUGAACAUUGAAAACAUCCGGGCUAUGAGGGACCCCAUCGAGAAGGCGACACGGUCAGGGUCCAAGAGACAAACAAGUCCGCUUUCUGCUCAUACCUUGGAGAGUGACAAGAGGAUGGGCAUGGAUGUUAGAAAGCGUUGUAUGUUGCAAACGCUGUUGGCUGCUGCACUCCUGGUCGCGCCCCUUACUCCGCCCUCCGCUGAGGCACUGCAGAUACAUGUACGUUCUCAAGACUUCGAGGUUGUUCCGGAAGCCAACAUCGUUGGUGUCGCAACCAAGGAGGCGGCCAACCUAAUAAAGUCUCUUCAGCACAACAAGGAUUUGGAGAAGGCUGUUGAGCAGAUUAAGGUGCAGGUGCAAGGCAUCCUGACCCCCGAGGUGCGCGACAUGGUGCGCCAGGCGCUCCCCUCCCCCAGCGCCAUUUCGACUGACAUCAGCUCCGGCAUCCAGACCCUCGAAACGAGGACCGAAAUGCUCGAGUCUUCUUUCUCAUCCUCCAUCCAAUCCAGCCUCGAAUCUGUGAAGACCUCAGCCGAGCAACUAGCAGCGCGCCUUCCACUGCUAAGAGGCCGUUCUCUGGAUUGGCAAAGCUUGGAGGGAUCGUUAUCGGGCUUGGCCGGGGGGGCGUCAGUGGAUCCGGAAGUGCAAAGGAACUUGCAGAGCUUGCAGAAAGAGCUAGAUAGUCGCGGGAACGAAUGGGCGCGGGCAUGGCGGGAUGGGCUGACGAAUCUCCAAAGUCAGCUGACAGAGCUGCAGGAGAAGACCGCGUCGAGUAACUCCAGCGGAGACCAGCCUGUGCAAAACGCCAUCAGCAAUGCGCAGGACUCAGUUGCUGCGGCCCUGACUAACCUCGGGAACAUGGCAGGGGACGCACUAGAUUUCAUUUCUCUUCGAAGCCCCCUCACGGCUGCAGCUGAAGCAACAGUGUCGCGGUUGGGACUGUUUGAGCUAUGGGGUUUCGUCAUCGCGCAAGGGGAGCGGUUGAUUGUCUUGGGACCGGGGCUUGUGUUGCUGGCGACAGGCUGGAACGCGUUCCGGAGUAGACAACGGGAAAGAAGACGAGAGAGCAAGAGGUUGGCAGGGCCGUCCGCGGCGGUCCGGCUGCGGAGCGCGCGGGUGCAGCGGGAGCUGGUGAAGCUCCAGGUGAAGGGGCGGCUGUUCGAGGCGGUCCGGCAACUGGGCCGAGCGGCGCUGGCCCCUUCCACCAAUCCCGCGAGCAUGUCGACCCGGCAGGACGUCGAGACCCUGAUAAAGCAGCUGAAAGAUUUGCGGACCGAUCCACAGCCGGCGCUGCUGGGGGCGUCCGCGUCGGAUCCCUUCGCCGAUCUUUCGCCGGCGCCGGACAUCGACGGGAAGUGGGAGCUAGUUUACUCCACAGAGCCCCUUGAAACGCGCGGCCUCAGCCCGGGGCAGCUCACCGACCUCCUCCCCUCCUUCGCCAUGGACACCAUCCUGCAGCGGGUGACGUCACGGGCGCAGGGCAGUGGCGCCACCGGGGUGCCCCAGCCGGCGCCGGUCCGGGUGGCAGAGAACUCAGCGAAAGUAACGCUGGGCACUCUAGGGACGUUCGAGAUUUCUGUGCAAGGAAUAUGGGAGGACCAUGAUGACGACAGCGCCUCCGUCUCCUUCGAGAGCUUCUCUGCGCAGCCGUUGGAGUUGUUCGGCCGGAAACUACACGGGGUUCCUCAGGUACAGCUACCAGUCCCCGGCCCUCUGCGUCAGUCGGUUGAGUGGAGCACUGUGUAUGUGGACGAAGAUACAAGGAUUAGUCAGAGUAAGCGAGAGACGUUCUAUUUGUUUCGUCGAUUGUCUGGAUGAAACGAUAUACGAACACUAUAAGCAAGCCGCAUCCUCGCUAUUAUGAUGGCCAUUCUUAUGGUGAGGCAUGAUGAUGAGACCGAAUUGACUGCACUUGUGGAUCAGCC